CCGGAACUAGAAAAUGUGUGUCACUGUGAAUUACCAUCUGCUACAGCUCCUCGCCGCCGGGCAGCGCCGGGGUCUCGCACACAAAGGGUGAGAGCGGGGCGUGGGGAGGCUGCAAGGCGUCGCUGCUCCGCCCGGCCAGGCCAUGUUCGCCCGAGCGGCCAUCCCGGCAGUGGGGACUAGGAGCCGGCUCAACUUGGGGCUCGGGAUAUCUGAAUGCCACGGAAACUGCGAUCCUACCCAAACGAGUCAGGGAGAGAGCAGCCGAGGGCGUGCGCGAGCUGAGUGAGUGCUUACGUCGCAGCGAGAUCUGUGCUGGGAUAAUUAGAGAGGAGUUAGGCUGAGCCGCGUCCUCUUUGAGCAGCGGCAGCCGCAGCCGCCGCCGCCGCAGCAGCAGCAGCCCGGAGGGGCGCGCCCGACUGCGGCCGCUGGGCAGCCCAGGGUGAGGCCCGCGCCCCGCAGCCGCCGCCCCGCCGCGCCCACGGUCCCGGCGGCUCCGGGCGCACAAAGGCGGCGGCUACCCGCGUGGCCUUCUCCAUCCAGGCGUUCGAUUCUCGCUCCCUUCCUUCUCCUCUCCCGAAGGCGAGAAUGGCAGGGCCGGGCGAGAACCUGGGGCACCGGUGGCCCUAACUCUGCUCCCCCCACCCCUCCUGCGGGGAGAGGAAGCGGGCUGCUCGCGGACGAUGUGGUCAGGGCUGCUCCCCAGAGCGUCUUCUGCCCGGGUCCCAGCUGCCGUCCCUCUUCUCUGCUCGCUCCAACCCACCGAGAGGGGCUGAUGCUGCUAUCGCCGCCGCCGCCUCCGAAGCCGCGGCCGAUGGAUGCCAGGGAGGGCCGCCUUGCUUAGCGUCCCCGCCUCCGGGUUUGCUGACGCUCUCUCCCCCGCCCUGAGCUCCGCGCUGAAGAGCCGCCUUAUUAUUAAUCAGAAUUUCCAUCGUUAUCCCUGGCAGGAGCAUCCUUCAGUAGGGACCGCAGAAGCAUCACAGUGCUGGGGCUGAGAUGUGCAUGGGGGCUGUUUCUGUUACAUCUCGGAAGAGAAGAGGACAGCACCAAGAUCAGCACCACCUGUGCGGGGUGCAGUUAGGGGUGUUUUGUUAGGAGAGAGAAAGGACAAGAAGAGGAGUGCUGGGCCGCCAGAGGUCCACAUCUCUUUAAAGGAAAGGGACAAGGGAACUAAAGUGGGACAUUGUUUUUAGGGGGUGGGCAAAGAAGUUUAUAUCCUUCAUAGAAAAGGUGUGGGGAAGCAGUAGCAACAGGGUACUUGACUGGACACCAAGACAAAUCGUUUCCUGUAAAGAAGAGGAAGCAGGCAGCAGCGAGGUCUGGAGGCCGGUGUGUGGUAGUGACCAGGGCCAGCGGUGCAGUGGGACAGCCAGCAAGAGAAAGGCAGGGCUCAGGAACAAGCAGAACAAUGACUCAUUUACAGGCUGGUCUCUCUCCUGAGACCCUGGAGAAAGCCCGCCUGGAGCUCAAUGAGAACCCAGACACACUGCACCAGGACAUCCAGGAGGUGAGGGAUAUGGUCAUCACUAGGCCGGACAUUGGCUUUCUCCGCACAGAUGAUGCCUUCAUCUUACGCUUCUUACGGGCCAGGAAGUUUCAUCACUUCGAGGCUUUCCGCCUCCUGGCCCAGUACUUUGAGUACCGGCAGCAGAACCUGGACAUGUUCAAAAGCUUCAAGGCCACUGAUCCGGGCAUCAAGCAGGCACUGAAGGAUGGCUUCCCUGGGGGCCUAGCUAAUCUGGACCACUAUGGCAGGAAGAUUCUAGUCCUUUUCGCUGCCAACUGGGAUCAGAGCAGGUACACACUGGUGGAUAUUUUGCGUGCCAUCUUACUUUCUUUAGAAGCCAUGAUUGAAGAUCCCGAGCUUCAAGUGAAUGGAUUUGUUUUGAUCAUAGACUGGAGUAACUUCACCUUCAAGCAAGCCUCUAAACUUACACCAAGCAUGCUGCGCUUGGCUAUCGAAGGCCUUCAGGAUAGUUUCCCAGCACGAUUUGGAGGAAUUCAUUUUGUCAACCAACCAUGGUAUAUCCAUGCCCUGUAUACCGUGAUCCGGCCUUUCCUGAAGGAGAAGACUCGGAAAAGGAUAUUUUUGCACGGUAACAACCUGAACAGUCUACACCAACUAAUUCAUCCUGAGAUUUUGCCCUCUGAGUUUGGAGGAAUGCUCCCCCCUUAUGAUAUGGGAACCUGGGCAAGAACACUGCUAGACCACGAGUAUGAUGACGACAGCGAAUACAAUGUGGACUCCUACAGCAUGCCUGUGAAGGAGGUAGAGAAGGAACUCUCCCCCAAGUCCAUGAAGAGAUCCCAAUCGGUUGUGGAUCCUACAGUGUUAAAGCGCAUGGAUAAAAAUGAGGAAGAAAACAUGCAACCUUUGCUCUCUCUGGACUGAUAACUUCUCUACCCUCCCCAUGGAUUAGAAAUGGAAGUUCACAGAAAACGUACCCUGGUGACUAUCACUGGCCUUGCAUUUGGGAGACAAGAAAUGGCAAAUGACCUGGUAAACUCAACACUUGAACUCUUCUAUGUUGUUUAAUUCCUGGAGUCUUGUGAAAAAAUAUGUUCCCCAAAUUAAGAUGUGGAAUUCUGAAAGAGAGUGGAUUCUUUUUAAACUGCUGUCUUCACAAUGUGUCCUUUAUUCCAGACCCCAUUUUAUCCCUGUCUGAUGUACUUUAAGAAACUUUUUCCCCCAAAACUCUUUGAUCAAGAGAAAGAGAACUCAUACAUGAAUAGUAUUUGACAGCUAAUUUUGAACAUAAAACUUGCCAAGUACCAAUAAGGGGCUAAUUUCUAAUUCUUGUGCACUGGUUGAAAAAAUAUAUAUAUUCUCACACACGUAUAUAUUUUUACUGAGCUCUAAUAAAUCCUCAAUGUGACAGGCUUACAAAGUAAAUCACACAUAUUCAAUGGUCUUAGAGAUGUUAUAGAUUACUGUAUGCAAUGCUAACUCUGGAAAACCACUUCCAUUAAAGUUAAUGAAAAUGAGGUAUAGUAAAACAGACUUUCAGUGAACUUAUUUAAGGGAAUUCAAUUUAAUUUGUAAUGCAAUCUUGACUCUGCCAUUUUAGUGCAAUAUAUUUUGUCUUCAAAAAAACAACAGGUAUCAACAAAGGCAGUAGGCAAUAUCAGGUGAUGGAGAGUAAUAUUGUUUUCCCCAAAUUCAAGUUAAUUUUCCUAAUGAUCCAGUAAGUACACAUUUUCUUCUCAGAAAAGAUUUUAAGAGCAUAUUGCAUCCAGGAGAGAUAAUGAAAUCUUCUGAGGGCAUCUGAGAUACUAUAUUAUAGUAUAAAUCUAGAUUUGGAAUCCUUAUGUUAAAGUUUUCACUUCAUAAAAAUUCUGCAAUGAUAGCACAUUUUAAAAAUUUGACUUUAAAUUUCAAAUUCUAGUGUGAAAAAGCAAGAUUUUUACCACCUUUUCAGAGUGGUAAUUUUUGAGACUGAGGAUUUAACGUUAAAAUAUUCUUUUGAAAGAAAAAUAUCUCAAGGAACUUUUGGAAACCAACAGAAAUAAAGGCAUGUAGCAGCCUUCAUAUACUUCUUGGUCAAAAGCUUUAAAAAGUCAAGUUCUAAUUCUAUAGCUAAGAAUCUUAAAAUCAAGAUCAGUACACAAUUCUGCAGUGUCACCAAUGGACUGUCUAGUAUUUGUAAAAAUACAUAAAUAUACAUUAAAAAUAUGAAUGCAAGAUACCUUAAAAAUGCUGACCUCCAAUCAAAUGCAGAAGAAUAAUGACUGUCGGUCCUCUGCUCCACCCAUAAAUAUUACAGAGAUUGGAAUGCAUUGGAAUAAAAAGCCACAGCAACUCUUAAUCUAAGAACCUAACCAAUGUUGUUCUUACAUUUUUGCCAACUUGACAUACAUUUUUUAGCAUUGGGCUUUAUAUACUAUACAAGCAAGUGUUAGACAAUAUGAUGCACUGGAAUAAAAUGGAAAGGAAGUAAGUACAGGAGGCCAGUCAACCUUGCAUUUUCAUGAGUUUCAUUUGAUAUGCACCAUUUAUUGCCAAUUUUCAGAAUUCUACCAGCUUCAGAUGUCAACCAACAUAGCCAGCUUUUUUUUCCCCCUGUCAUAGGCUAGUGUCAUAUACAAAAAAAACUUGGAAGGCAUAUUUUAUGUGUAUACCUACCCACUUAUAAGUAUCAUUCACACUCUCUCCCUACCCCACAUUUGGAAACUGCAUUGGCAUUGCUGCUUGACGGCUCUUUUUCAAAUGAGCAAUUGAGAGUUGGCUGGAUUGUGUAAAAUAUUUUUAAAUGAAUGAACAAAUUACAACAAUGAUGUGUUUUGAAAUUGCUGUAUCUAGUUCGGUCUGCCUAUGUCUUUUCAGUCUGGAAAAAAAUUUCCAGUAAUGUUUCUGAAGCUGCUUAGAGAACAUUUGAUCAACUUUAUGAAUUUUCCUCUCAGCACCAGCUAACUAACACUGUUCAGGAAUUUUAUUUUUCCUCAUGUGAUUUUAUGUGUUAUGUUGCUAUGUCUACUGCUACAUACAUAGUAAAUAAGCACCCUUAUAUUCUUUCGAUUUCAUUGAGAUAGUACAUCCCCACUCACACAUACACAUGAACACUAGACUGUUUGCUCUAAUGAUUUGCCUCUCUAUUUUGAGAGCCUUGCUUUUCUUUUUCAGUUAUCUUGUUACUUAAAAUUUGUAGGCAUCAAAGAAUUACCACGUUUGAUUUGGAAUAGGCCCAUAAUUCAUUUACUUCCCUCACUUAGCCUGCCUAACCUUCUAUUUCUUGUAUCAUUUCUUUUCUCCAGUGUUUCAGGGGCAGCUGCUUCCAAAGCUGGUUUAAAAAUAAGUAACUUCCUUAUGUUGUCCGUGAUAUUUGCACACAUUUUUGACUGAUAUUUUAAAAGGAAGAGAUUAUCAUAAAAAUAUAUUCUAAGAAAUAUGAAGAAGUGCCUCUUUAAAAAUGGAAUAAAGCAGUGAUACUAGAAUAUGGAUUCUAUUUGUUCUCUCUUCCAAAAAGUAAAUACAUGCAUCUAUUAUAUUAUAAGGGUGAAAUAUAGCUAUAAUUUGAAGAAGGAUAUUUGAGGUCUUGCUUUGAGUAUUCUCGUAUAGUAUUGUCUUUAUUGUGUAAGUUCAAUACAGUAACUUCAACAUGUUACUGACAAACAUGGCACUGUGCUAAAACAAUAUACAAAUAUUAAAUUGAGUGUUGCAAGCAAGUUUUUAAAGUGCAUGCAUGAUUACUUUUAUUUCAUUAAUAGUUUGCAUAAGUGUAGGCAGAGACAUUCCUUAAGUGUUUUCAUAUAAAAUGCUUGUUUACUUUACAGUACUGAAAAUUCAUACAUUCAUAAGCAAGAAAGCCAAGCAGCUGGGUUCUCUUUAAUAUUAACUAGGUCACAUUGUUAAAUUAAACAUUUGAAGUUUCCGUAAUAUUUCUGAGGGAACAGAGGUCCCUCUGAUGCAUCAAGAUAAUGCAGAAUUGUUUUAAACAUCAAGAAACAUGUUUACUACUCUUCACAAAAAGAAACUUUUAGAGCUAUGGCAGUGUGUCUUCAGGAACAGACUUCCUUUUCAUCUACAAAUAACCCAAAAGCGUAUGGACAUGCUUAUGGUCCUUUAAAGAAGUUAUAUCAAGAAAUCCUGCUGAAAGGUUGUACAAUCUUAUGUUAUUUUAUCUAAGCGUCUAGCUGGUUUGGUUGGUUAAUAAUUUCUUUUGCUUCUUAUUUGGUGUGUAUUUAUUAAUGAUUACUUGCAAAAUUCCCUCCAGUUAUGAGGACAUUUCAGAAUGACUUUCAGCACAAAAUAAAAGGAGCAGAGCUCUGGCACGAUGUGUGAACUUUCAGAUACGCUAUUUACAUUUUUUGCAUCAAUCGGCUAAUAGGAAAAUGUUCCAUUUUAUAUGUGCUAUAUAGCUAUAUAGCCUAAGAAAUAGUGAUACAUUUUAAAUUUAUGAGGUUGUUAGAUCGUGUAAGAAUCAGCAGAUUAUCUAAAAUAUAUUGGAACAAACGUGGAGGAUUGGCUAAAUAUCCAGUGUGUGUGUAAUUAUCUUUAGGAGUGAAAAGGAUUUUGUUUUGUUUUAGUUGAAAAAAAUGUUUUCCAAUAUGCCCUUGGAACUAGUUAGCACUAUUACUAUUUGAAAGGGAGAAAAUAAUAAAUACAUAAGGAGGCUUGGCUUUGAAACAUUAUUAUAUCGCUUUAAUGGCUUAAAGCAUAUCAUUUUUUUCAUGAAUUGAAGUUUUUAUUUAGUAAAUAUCCAUAGAUUAGCCUGGCACAUGGCCAUAAUACUAUGGAACCUAUUCUGCGCUAAGCGUGGGAAUUUAUUCCCCUAUACUGUAGGAGAAAAACAUGAAAUAGCAAUGCACUGGACUGAGACACUCAAGUUGUACUAUUUUUUUUAAAGGAGUGCAAAUGAUACUGUUGAAAUAAAAAAAAAAUUAGAAAACAAAUAAGCAUAGGUCUUAAAUACAAUAAAUGCACUUUUAUAGUAAAUAGUGGACAUUGUUACAAUUCAGAAGGUGUUUGGUCAGUCAGUAUUUGACUUAGUUUCAAAUUUCAUGCAAAUAUUUUUUUCCUUAAUGAUAUCAAUGCAUUUAUUCUGUCAAAAUUAGUUCUUGUGGUGAAUGAGAGGGACCUAGAUAAGAAGUGAACAAACCCUAAACCAUAUUAAAAAAUUGCAAUGCAUUAUAAUUGGUUAUAUAUAACAGAGGUUCAAAGCUCUGUCUUGUUCUUAAUUCAGUUUUUCAGUUUUCAUACUUGUGUAAAAGGUAAAUAAAACUCCCCAAACUAAGUAGUGUUUGUUUUCAAAACAGAUUAAAUAAGAUGUCUAAGAGGUAAUUAUAAGAAUACUGAGCACACUGUUUACUAUUUGGCUCAACUACCUUUGACCUUUUGAGGGAAUUGUUUAUUCCAAUACAAUAUUACAAAUGGUGUAAUGUAAUUUUGAAUAAAUAUACAUUUUUGCUUUAAAAAAGCCUUUAUUUUGCAUAUAGUAGAUGUUGAAUUUUGUAGUAUGGAUCUCUGCAUCUGUGAAAUGGAGAUUUCUAAAAUGUCAUCUAAAAAUGGGCAACAGUAACUUUAUUUUGAGAGAAAUUGUAGUUAGCUAUUUUGCUUAGGACACCUGAAAUUUUCUGAUACUUGUAGGUUUGGGGCUAAGAAAAACACAAUUCAUUUCAUUAAAAUUACAUUUUCAAUAGUCUAUAACUUCUAGACAAGACUUCAAAGGAGAGCUUGAAUGAAGAAGUAAGUUAACUUUUAAGUUGCAUGGAGCAAUGGGAAUGAUCAAUAAGUAAAAUAACUAACAUUUUCACAUUUUCAUGUAAUGUUAUUGGAUUAGACAAGGAACUAAAUUCAGAAAUUUGAAUUAUAAAAAACAUUGAUUUAAAUUCUAUAAAAAUAAUUAAGUAAAAUUUUUUAAAAAUUCAUUCUGACUUGAAAAAAAUGCUUACUUAAUAAAUACACAUUUGUAUCUUCUGCGAGUUUUCCUCGUUUAUCUUACCUGUGGAUGAAAAACCAUCUAUGGAGGGGCAAGAGACACCUAACUACAAUCCUCUAUAAUUGAUUUCAUGACUUUCUUUAGCUCAAACGCAGAUGAUUUUCCUGUGCACAGCUUUUGAGGUUAUCAAGUCUCGUUAUUGCCGCCUCUUUCUAAAGCUCUGUUAGGAGGAGCCCAAGUUUCUAGCAGCUACUGCAGAAGCAUCCUGAGUAGGAAUAAAACAAGGGCAACCAGACAAUACACAAAAAGCCAGAGAUAUGGUCUGCACUCCUUGUCACUUAAAAGUGCAUUAAACUGUAUUACUAAUUCUAAAUACAGAAAAUGAUUUCAAAAUGUCAAGACUUUCUGAUAUCAAGUGUUAAACAUUCUUAGCCCAAGAACAGAGGCCAUGGGGACAUGAUGGGCAGGGCUCUGGUGUGUAGUCUGUCUGCACACAGCAGCACCACCAAAACCCUUAUCUCUAAGUAUCACUUUUCUCUAAAAAUAAAAUAUGCUCUUAUUCCCUUUUUUCUAACUGGAAGCAUAAAAGUAUCAGUUGGAAACCGUAAAUGCUUAGUUGUCUUUUAAGAAAAAAAUACUGCGUUAUACCCAUAUAAACACAACUCACUCAGUUGCAUAGGACUGAAAUAUUUGCAUCCUGAUUUAUAAAUCCUUCCUAAAAAUUUAAAAACAUAUAUAAUAAGACUUUAUUGCUAGAAAAUUAUUAAAUGUUCUUUGUACCUGGGAUUCGUGGGGAAGACUGGUAAUAUCCUUUCUGUUGAAUUCAUAUAUCUAAACAUUUUAUUUGGAUGUUUAACGGACAUCUCACAUUUAACAUUUACAAAACCAAACUUCUCUAUCCUGAACCUGUUUCCUCUUUAUAACCUUACCAUCUCACUAAGAGUCAACCCUAACCUUCUAGUUUCUAGGGCUUAAAACUUUAUAGUCAUCCUAUCCCUCCUCUCUUGAUCUCAAAACCACAUCCAAUCUGCUAGCUCAUACUUUUAGCUCCUUUUCAAAGUAUAGUAUCCACACUCUGACCACUUCUCUAACCUUCAUCAUCAGUACCUUGCUCCAAGAUUUCAUUUUCCACCUGGAAUAGUUUAAUAAUCUGAAAACUAGUGUCCUUGCUUCUGCCCUUGCCCCCUAGAAUCAAUUUAUAACACAACAUGUUAGUGAGCUCAGAUGAUUUCAUUCUUCUCAAAACUCUCUGCAAGAGUAAAAACCACAGUCCUUAUAACGAUGUUUGAGGAGGAUUGAUACGAGGUUUGUAAGCACCAGUAUAGAAGAAGAGUAUAUUUUCUGAUUGGGCUGGCAUCUUUACCUGUACGAUGCAAAUGUAAUUGUUAAGUAAUUUCUUGCUUCUAAAGUUCUAGACACUAUACCCUCUCACCCCUGACCUUGACUUUUCUUAGAUCAUCUCUUAAGUUUUCAUCUACUCUUUAAUUGUCUUGCUAAACGGUCAUCCUUGCACUCCCAGGAAAUUGCCAAACAUUCCUCCACCUCAGAACUUUUACUCUCUGUUCCUUCUGCCUCUUUCCCCCAGAUAUCCCCGUAGCUUAUUCCCUCAUCUCCUUCAGAUCUUUGCUUAAAUGACACCUUCUUAGAACUCUCUGGAUUUCCCUAUUUAAAAUCACAUGGACCUGUGGUUCUUCACGUAUUUUUUUCUGCUCUAUUUCUUCUCCAUAGCUUUUAUCACCUUCUAACACAGCAUAAAGCUUAUUUAUUUUGUUCACUUUGCAUUUUCCCCUAAUGGAAUAUGAACUCCACACAGGCAGAUAUUUGUGUCUGUCUUGUUUACUGUUGUAUUACCAGUGCCUUGAAUAGUGACUGGAAUUUAGUAGCAAAUCCAAAAAGACUGCAUGAAUAUCUUAAGUUGUUUCAGCAAGUUAUGUAUUAACCAGUAGUAUACAUUUAAGGAGAGUCCUUUUUUUCUUAAUAAGAAAUUUUUUUUAAAACAUCAUCAAAGUGGGAAUUUAUCAUGAGCCGAGAAUUCUCUUCCCUUUUCUCCCAAAUCUGGUCUCUACUCCAGGGCCUAAAUUUUACAUAACUGUUUGAGUUUUAUCUUUGGAAGUCACCCUAAGAUCAUUAGAUGUGUCUAUGUAUUCAUGGCUUAUAUUUAUACCUAGAGAGACUACAAGAUACCUCAGAUGAAAAGUCAUUUUGAGCUCAAAACCAUAGUAAAUUGUUCUUUGUUGAUUAUCCUAGUUAAUUCCAAUUUUUAAAAAUUGCAGGAAGUUAAAAGACCAUAGUUCUUCCACUAUGGAAGACAGAUCAAGAGAAUAUGCCUAUAUACUUACUUUUACUGGAAAGGAGAGGGAAAAGAGCAGGAAGAAGGAAAGAGAUUAUGAUCACCCUUUCUCUGAAACAAUUAUAAAUGACGAAGUUUUUUGGUGUCUCUAAGAGCUUCCCAUGAUCUAGAAAUCUAUAUAUUACAACUACUUAGUCCAUGAGCCCUCUUAACAGAAGUUUUAUAUCAAAUGAGUUUUAUAUUUGAUAUCUUUACAUAUUUCUUAUAGUCCUGACACCACAUGACAGGAAUUGAUCAAACUCAUAUAGUCUAACUGGCUUUCCAACUUUCUCCCUUCUCUGUACUUUACUUGCAGGUAUCAUUUUCUGAACUUUACAAUCACAUUUUUUUUUGGUCCUUAACUAUCCCCAUAUUAUUUUUUUUACAAUUUGGACACACCCAUAAUUUUAGUAACCGAAUAUCUUAGAUAUUGAUUCUUGGUGUGACAAGUUUCUGAUUUUUAUCCUUUGCAGUUUAUCCUUUUGUUCUUGCUAAACCUAUGCUAUUCCUUUUCCCCCACUACACUUUUGUGCCUUUCCUUACAUUGUAAUAAUUCAAUCCUCCAGUUUUAUAAUUUCCUACCAGGACUUCUAUUAAGAACACACUGAAAAUAAAGGAUUGACAGGUGGUACUGAAGAAGGAACUAUAACUUGAAAAAUAAGGAUAGAUGUUUGAAAGUGUUUUCAGGAGACAACCAGUCUUUAGUGACUUUGUGAUGUAUAGUAUGUAUAUUGGUACUCAGCAAUGAUCAUGUUUCUUGUCAGUUACAUAAAUAUAUUGCAAUCAGGGUUAAUGGAUAGUUUGGAAAACCUUCUUCUAUAGAGAAGAGAUUAAAUGGCUCUUGCUCAGAAACAAGGCAGGAUUUUCUUGUAUUUCUAUCCUUGACAGUAUGUACAGGAGAAGCCAUUUGCCUCUGUGGCAACAUUUUUUGCCAAUCUUCAAGAAUGUGUUUAGCAUCACUUCAGAAAUAAAGGAUUCAAGCUCAAGUAUGCACAGUACAUGGAAGAUACUGUAAUUCAUGUUAUCUUUUACUGAAUUUUUUUUCAUGAAUUAGUUUUAUGAUUGAAUCCUAACAAUAUGUUCUUUGAUAAAUUUAUUCAUUAUAUCCACUUUUUUUUUUU